GCUAACGCUGUCAUAGGCUGUCACAUUCUGAGAUAAGAAUUUUUAAUGUUUCUUUUCUCUACAUUUCUCUACCUUUGGCUUGCAUUUUGUAUAUUUUUAGAAUUUAAAUUCCUAACUUGUAAAACAUAUUAAAGUAUAAUACUUAGACAUAAAAUUAUUUUAAAUGCUACAUUUUGAUUUCGGCGUAACACCUUCAAAAACAGACUAUGUGUUUGAACCAUUUAAGAUUACUGAAGUUAAAUAUCGUAGCUCGGAGAGCCCUAGGCCUCGUAGUGGACACAGGAUAGUGUGUGAUGAUGUAAAUAUUUACUGUUUUGGUGGUUAUAAUCCUACUAUGCCACUCACUAAUAUUGAAAUAGAGAAUCCUACAUGGACUCCAGCUCGGCCACUUUUUAAAGAACUCUGGAGCUUUUCAAUCGCCACCAGAAAAUGGAAGCAACAUAAAGUCAUAGAAAAUAUGCCUGAGGAAUUGGCCUCAAAUGCAAUGUGUAUGAAUGGCAAAUAUUUAAUGAUUUUUGGAGGUACCGGAGCUCCCUUUGGCAAUCGUUGUAGUAAUGACGUGAUUGUAUGGCGAACAUGCAAUGGUGAUGCCAAAUUAAAGAUCUUGGAUGUACAAGGAACAGUACCUCCUGGCCAAUAUGGCCAGUCAGUAUUGUGUCAUGAUGGUUACUUUUACACAAUAGGAGGUACUAAUGGUUAUGCAUAUAACUGUGAUAUUUAUAGAUUAGAUUUACGGACUAUGGUUUGGGAACCAGUAUUUGUUGGGACAGGAGAAGAGGGGGAACCACUUGGGAGAUACAGGCAUGAAGUGGCAAGAAUAAAAGACAAGCUGUAUAUAAUUGGUGGAGGCACAGGAGAGUGGGCAUAUGAACUAAUGGAGUUACCUAUGUUUGAUCUGAAAACAAAAACUUGGACUAUCCUCAUACCAAAAGCUGAUAACACUUCAAAGUAUACUGUAGCUCCCUUACCAAGGAAAUGUCACAGUGCUGUUCAAAUUGACACACCAAAUGGAUCACAAGUUUUUGUUGCUGGUGGUUCUGAUGUACAUUAUGUGUUUAAAGAUAUAUGGAGAUUAGAUUUAUCGGAUCUGCAAUGGACACUUAUGAGAAAGACAGUUUUACCACAUCCAUUAUAUUUCCAUUCUUCUACAGUGACCUCAUAUGGUUGUAUGUAUGUAUUUGGUGGGAUUGAACCUAAAGACAAUGAUACAGAUCGGAAUAAUACUAUGUAUAAAGUAUGGUUAUGUAUUCCAAGCCUUACUGAAAUUUGUUGGGAGGCAUUGCUCAAUUUCCAUCCCAAUUUAGAUCAAGUAGAUAGAAAAACACUAUUACACAUUGGUGUACCAAUUCACCUGGUAAAUAGAUUACAUACACCUAUGAGUUAGUCCUUAUGUCUUGGAUUAUCUAUUACUUUUGGCAUGUUUUAUGUAUACCUAGUCAAGCAGACAUAAUGAUUCAAUAAUAAAUUAAAUGUUUUAACAAUAACACAAUAGAUUUAUAGAAAAAAUAAUAACAUCACAAAGAAACUAUUGGGCAUAUAAAUGAAUCCAGAAGUUUCUAACCUAAAUUGUGUACAAGUAAUUGUAUAUUAUUUUUAUGCUUAUAUUAAUUUGAUUGUUUAUUUAUUAAAAAAGCUUUAUUGUCAAACAAGAGUAAGGGAAAUAGCAAUACAUAAAGAUGAUUAACAAUGUACUUAUUUGUAAAAGACUUAUUGCUAGAAGCAAUGCUGUCAGUCUUAUUUGAAAUUGCGUUUGUAUCAUGAAGGCAGCAUCUUGGGUUAUUAUUUCAGUCCAAAAUAUAAAAUAGAUAAGCCCACUACAAUUGCUAAUAUUAGAAAUAGCAUUUAAGAAAUGGUAACUGUUGUAGUUAAAAUUUUUGUUAUUUGAUCAACUCUACAUCGAGACGGCCCUCCUUUUCUUUGCAAAGUUUACAAAAAUCUUCAUCAAUAUCUAAUACAUUAUAUUUAGUGUUAUAAAAAUGAUUGAUUUAUCAUAACUGUUUUCAGUUUUUUUAUUGAAAUAUGAAAUAUAGUACAUAAUUAUAAAGUCUCUGAUUUUUAAGAAAGAUAAUGUUAGAUAUGGUGACAAAAAUAAUAUAAAUCUCUACUGA